AUGACUUCUCAGUUGACGACUUCGUCGAUUCCAGAAGAACGGAUUUGUGUUGACACUGGUGUUGUGGAGUCAGACGCGGAUGAGGGCACGGCUCCAGUGGCUCAGGUUGGACAACGAAGACAGCGAGUGAACACUGUUUGCGGUCUUACAGGUCCACAUGGUUCAACGGAAGAUCCAGCUUUGCUGUCACCUCGUCCUCAUGACCGGCGUUACGGAAGUAUGCUGUCGCUGGAUCCAGCCAAUGUGACGCCUGUUAAAUCGAUGUCUGUUGACUUCGUGAAGGAAAAUGCAAGGGCUGUACGACGUCAUCGUCAUGGCGAAUAUACUUCUAUCACUGAUUCGAUUUCAAUCCAAAGAGACGAUAGGAACAAGAGGCAGAGACGAUCGAUGUCCAAUGAACAUCAGGAAUCCGGACCUCAAAGUGAAGAUGAAGUGGGAUCUCACGAAGAAGCAGAACCGUCGACACGACAAAGGCGAUCGAUCGACAGGAGGGUUAUGGAUGAGGUGGUGGCUUUAGUUUAG